AUGUAAAACCUCCUAAAAUAUCGAGAAAUCAAAGCAAAGUAAUAUAAAUUUAAUCCCAUCUCAACUCAACUCAAAUACUAUCGAAUUUAUAAUGUUGAGAAUGCAUGUCAACAAUUUUAUUUGUAAAUGUUGUCAAAUAUAUAGAUAACACUUUGUUUUUUAUUCUUCUUUUUAGUUGUUGUUUCGGAUUAGAAUAUCAUUUAAUUAUUUCUACUCAUACAUUAUAUUAUUUAAUUUAGAAAUAAACUCUUUAUGUCGUGUUGUAUAAGUUAGAAUUAGGAUUCUUUUAGUAACUAAGACACAAUUGAAAAAUUAAGUCAAAGAAUUUCUAAGAAAGAGUAAUUAGAGAUGAAACGAUAAUUGGAUGUUAUGGUCAACAGAGUCAAAAUGUUGGCAGUAUUUCAAUAACGAUUGUAACAUUUCUGAGUAUUUAGAUAAGGGAAACAAAUCUAAAAUGAAAUAAAAAGUGAACAAGUAAAUAGCAUUAGAAAUCAAUAUAACGAAUACUUGAAGUAGGUAUUUAAUCAGUCAUCUAUUUAGUAAAGUAAACAUAAAGAAUCGAGGGAACAAUCUCUGGAACUAUUCAGAGAAAAAACUAAGCAUUUGAAAUAACAGCAAUAAUCACUUAAAGUUUAAAUUCGAUAAAGUGUGCAGUAAUAGAAGAAGCAAUAAUUUGAGUUAAUGAAAAAGUAAUCGUUGAAUCACGAUAAAGUUAUCAUUCUCUAAAAGGAAAGAUCAAAAUCAUAUAAUGUGGAGAAGAAAUAAAGAGUUCAAUAAUAUGAAUAGUAAUAACAAUUAAACUUAGCCAUGUACAAAUAAUAAAAAUAAGAAUAAUUUAAAUCUUAACACAAGAAAGCCGUUCUUGAUAGCUUUAAGAAAAAGGCAUAAGACUUUAUGAAAAUUUAACAAUUGUGGGAACAAGAAUAAGAUAUUUUGGAUCUCUUAAAUGAUUCUUAUAAUUCUAGGCUAACUUCUUCAAUGAUCAAAAAUUGA